AUGGAUACUAAACAGAAGAUCGAGGAAGCUAUACAGGAUAAGGAAUAUAACCCAUAUGAACAUCGUCAAGUGAAAAAACCCAAUUCCGAUAUCCGAUCUUUAGCUAAUUUGCUGAAAGCGUCCUUAGGUUCAGGUAUAUUGGCUAUGCCCCUCGCCUUCUCGAAUGCUGGUUGGGGCUUUGGUAUAGUUGGGACAGUAAUUGUAGCUUUCGUUUGUGGACACUGUGUUCACAUAUUCGUGAAUGUUUCUCGUGGUUGUUGUAAAGCAAUGAGAAAACCUUUGCUUAAUUAUGCGGAAACAUGUGAAGCUGCAUUUUCCAUUGGACCCAAACGACUUCGAAGGUUUGCUAGGUUUGCGAGAAUAUUUGCUGAAGUAGCGCAAUUAUUGACUUACCUAGGCGUUUGUUGUAUUUUCACUGUCCUAAUAGCUGAUUCUAUUAAACAGUUAUUCGACCGCUACGUUACAUCAGUAAUAGUACCAGUAGAAUAUUACUGCCUGGCUAUUCUUGUGCCGUUGUGUUUGAUGUGCCAAAUUAGACACUUAAAAUGGCUAGCGCCGUUCUCCUUAGUCGCCAAUGUUUUGCUCGUAGUCACAUUUGCUAUUUGCAUUUUCUAUAUAUUCAAGGACGAAAUUACAUUAAAUGACAGAAAAGUUAUCGGCCCCGCGGUGCGACUGCCAGCGUUCCUUUCUACAGUGAUCUUCGCGAUGGAGGGUAUUGGUGUGGUGAUGCCCGUUGAGAAUGCUAUGAAGAAGCCACAACAUUUCCUUGGCUGUCCUAGUGUCCUGGUUAUCGCAAUGACAUUCAUUAUGCUACUAUAUACUGUCCUGGGUGUGUUUGGAUACUUCAGAUAUGGUGACGAGUUAAAAGGAUCAAUUACUUUGAAUCUGCCUAUAGACGACUGGCCAGCCGUUUGCGCCAAGGCUUUUAUAGCCAUUUCGAUAUUCCUUACGUAUCCUCUACAUUUCUUCGUUGUGGUCGGCGUACUCACAAGAUUUACCGAGCCUUAUAUAAAGAAAAAAUAUAAGAACUUAUCGCAAGUUCUCGGCAGAACCGCCGUUGUUCUCUUUUGCGGUGGUAUUGGUGUAGCAUUGCCGAUGUUAGAGUAUAUAACAAAUAUAGUUGGUGCAUUAUUUUAUUCUAUUCUUGGUCUGGUGAUACCAGGAAUUGUGGAAACUAUAUUCCGAUGGCAAGAUCUAGGGAAAUACAAAUGGAUUCUGUGGAAGAAUGUUAUAAUUGUUCUGUUCGGUGUGUUUUGUAUUAUAUCAGGAUGUGCUGUAACAGUCGGUGAUAUUAUUGAUCGACUUAAGGGUAGAAUGGAAUGA